AUGACGACGCUUCGUGCGUCCGUGGCCCCUCCGGCGUCGCGCUGCCUCAUGGCCCCUCGCGUCGCGGCGGCUGCCCGCCCGCUCUCAGGGGCGCUCCCCCACCACAUAGAAGCGCGGAUACCUCCGCACGUGACCGCACGGAGCAUCUUCAGGCUGCAGCCGCGGUGUCGGGACGCCUGUGUAGCGCGUGCAGCUCGUCACCGCGCUGGCACGACGCUGCACGGCGCGCGCCUCGACCUGGUCACGCUGUCGAACCUCUGCGUUGACAUCAUACAGCAGGUGCCAGUCCUGCCGCCGGGCGACGAGCAGGCGCGACGGAAACUGCUGCAUGACCUCACCAAAAACCCACCGCCGCUCCACCAGUGGGAGGUCGGCGGGUCCACGAAUACGCUCCUGGCAGGCGCGCGGAUCGGUCUCAGGUGCGGAUCGAUCGGCCACAUCGGAGACGACAUCUACGGAAAGUUCAUGCUCGACGUGUUCCGCGCCGAAGGCGUGCACACAUUUCACGAGGUCAUGCCGGAGUCGCGCGGGAGCGACCAGGACCGCACGCUGCUGUGCUUCGUCCUCGUGGACCCGAACGGCGGCCACGCGUUCUGCUCGGAGUACGACUUCGGCCCGUGGCCGCUCCUGCAAGGCGUGGGCGACCACCUCCCUGACGCAGCAGUGCAGUGCCUGCAGUCCACGCGCGCCCUGUUCAUCAACGGCUUCACGUUCGACGAGCUCGCGCCGGAGGUGGUCUUGCAGGCCGCGCAGGUGGCCAAGGCGGCCGGCGCGGCGGUGCUGUUCGACCCGGGACCGCGCGCGUGGACCAUGGCGGACGGGGCGCGGGGGGAUGUUUUGGAUUCACUCCUCCACCUGACCGACAUCGUGCUGCUCACGUCCGACGAGGCCCGCGCCCUGACCGGCCACGCGGACCCCGUCGAGGCUGGGCGCGCAGUCUCGCAUCGCGGCGGCGGCCAGAUCGACUGGACCAUUGUCAAGCUCGGCCCCGAGGGGAGUAUCGUUCUGCACCCCGACGACACCCCCGACACGCGCCGCGUGCACCGGGCCGCGCCGCUCACCGUCGAGGUCGCUGACACCGUCGGCUGCGGCGACUCCUUCGCCGCCGCGGUCGCGCUCGGCUACACACGCGGCCGGUCGGUCGCAGGCACCGUGGCGCUGGCGAACGCGGUGGGCGCCGCGACCGCGACCGGCCGCGGCGCUGGCCGCAACGUGGCGCGCGCGGACGUGGUCGCGGGGCUGCUCGGAACGCAGGAGACGGACACGGAGGGUGCGGAGGAGGCGCUGGAGCUGCUGACGUCGUCCUGCGAUGCGCUGGGGCUGCCGUGGAGGGAGACGGCGGUUUGA